AUGGCAGGAUGGUCUCGGGCCUGGCUGUUCCUACUCUGCCUGGCCGCUGGUGAAGCGGCUGCUCCCCAGGAGGCCCAUAUCAAGGAGAUGGUGGCGGCGGUCUUUUCCCCACUAUCAGCUAAGGGUUCCGCUGGAGAUCUUGCCAUUGUGCCCCGGUACGCCGACAUGCUGGUGUCCAAGAAUGUCACCAGCGUCCUGGUUGCCGGUACCACAGGGGAGUCCCUGUCGCUCAACGUCCAAGAGCGAAAAAACCUGGGAGACGCCUGGGCUGCCACAGCCAAAACGCAUGGCAUGAAAGUGUACAUACACGUCGGUGCCGAGAGUGUGGUUGACACCAUAGCGCUCGCUCAGCAUGCAGCUCUCACAGCCGGUGUCGCCGGCCUCGUUUGCCAAACGCCGACCUUCUUCAAGCCCAGUGUUGAGACGCUGCAUGACUACCUCGUGGAGGUCGGGCGCAAGGUGCCGCACCUGCCUCUGUGGUACUACCACUUCCCUGACAAGUCCGGCGUGCUGAGUGGGCAGGCGCACCUGCUUCUGGAAAUGAUCCACGAGCGCAAGGAGAUCCCGAAUUUUGCCGGCAUUAAGUUCACGGAUGUGAAUCUGAUGGACUUCCAGCUGUGCCAGAUGGUCGGCGGCGGAGCCUAUAACAUGCUCUACGGCCGGGACGAGCAGUACUUGGCCGCAGCCGCCUUGGGAGCGGACGCUCCAAUCAGUUCGACCGUGCAGUUCUCGCCCUGGCUUCGAGAAGUGUUCCGGCUCACGAAGCUCGGGAAGCUCUGGGAAGCCCAGGGUCCCCAGCAGGCCGUAGCGAAACUCUGCAGCACCUUCUCCGCCUUCGAGGGCUCCGCGAACGUUCAGAAAGCCGUCAUGCAGAUGGUCCUCCCCGUGGGCCCUUCCCGGCUUCCCUACCGAGAUCUGAGCGAGGGGGAAGCCUCCACGCUGGAGCGCGACCUCAGAGCAGAGAAGCUGCUCGAUCCCAAGUUUUCUGCAACCUACAGCGCAAUAGCCGUGUAG